AUGUUGAGCCCGGUUGAGAUCGUUGCCCGGCUGCCGACCGAGAACCCGCAGGCGGCCACGAUGGUGGACCGAAUGCUCCGCUUGCUCGCCCCCGACACUGUCGUCAGCUGCACCGUCCAAACCGGAGCCGAUGGCCGCCCUACGAGGAAGUACGGCGCACCUCCCAUCUGCAAGUACCGGAACAAGAACGAGGAUGGUGUGUCCAUGGCUGCUUUGGCUUUGUUGCUGCAGGAUAAGAUAUUUGUGGAUACAUGCAAGGUGUUCAAUGAGGGCUUGAGAGGCCACCCCAGCAGUAUCGUCAAGUAUUUACUCCGUGUCUACAGUGGCUUUGACAACAUGGAGGUGCUCGUCAAUGUCGAUGGCAAUGACGGCGCAUCAUCCCUCCAAAUGAUCAAGCACCCACACAUCAAGGGCAUCAACUAUGACCGCCCUCAUGUUAUCUCCGGUGCCCAACGCACGCCAGAGAAGGAAAUAAAUGUUCUCAUGGAGGCAGCACCACAAGGUGAUGGGAUCCGUCAUUUAGAUGUGCCAGCUACAUUUAGUGAAAUUGACCAAAUGCCAACUACAUCAAAUCAGUUUGGUCAGAGGCAGAUUGACGCUAAUUGUGAGAGUGACACCACUAAGCACUCCAAGGAUAUAUUCAGGAAGAUCUUUCCGGUGUAG